AUGCCAUCACCGCUUUUACAUCGAACCCCCCCCCAUACACACACCUACGCGCAGAAGAGACGUACCGCCUACCUCGUCUGCCUCUUCCUGUCGUCGUUCCUUUUUUUCAUCACGUGGCAAUUUUCCGUUUUCGUGACGCUGACCCAUGUGGUGGCUCUGUUCGGACUAGACCUACUAGGAUUUGAUAUUCAGAAGGAGUUACACAGCAUCCUUGUCACAUUAUCCUGCUCCUACACAUGUUCCCUCCUGGUGACCUUCUUCCCUCGUUAUUUGAUGUGCACCUACCUGCCAUUCGUAUUGGCUUCGCUCAUUAUCACGAAUGCGAUUUACCCACGGCGAGGUGGCAAUGCCCAUGAUGGAAGACGUGAACCCGUUUCUAACCUAAAGGAUGUUGCCCCGUGUCAGAUCGACCCCUCUUGCACAUCUCCCCUGCAGUUCUUCCCCCACUUACGAACCAAAGUAGGGUUCAUUCUACAGAAGGGGUUCACAUCUAUAAUGAUUUUCCUGCUUCUUCGACUCACCAUGGUUGGAAUGGAGAAGGAUGACUCACAUGUUAUGUCUCUUUUAAAAGUGCGUCUGCAUCUAAGUAGCCACAACUUCGAUAGCAUGAUCUAUAGUUUGGGUUCAGAAUUCAAUCCUUUUACUAAAUAUAUGUUUAACAUGAUAAAGGAGACUUCGCUGUACGAUUACUUCAUAUUUUUUAAUUUGAUUCUGCUACUCUACGUGGUGAACUAUGUUAUACAUAUUUGGCGAGCUAGACGAGGGAGGAAUGCCAAAGGGGGGCGAAGCGAUAAAAGGGAGAAAAAAGAUGAACAAGGAGGGAGCGAUAAAUUGGCUAGCUACGACAAAGGGGUAGAUGUCCGUUUCGAAAUUUUCCAUGCACAGUUUCUUUACCUCAUCAUCCAAUUCAUAUUUUUCGCCUUCCUCAUGUUGAUAAUUUCUCGCUUGCGUGUCCUGGCCCUACCCCUCAUGUGUUUGCUUAGUAGUCUAGUGGGGUCUCCACACUUGCUUGGGGACAUCUACAGAGUCACAAGGGAAAAUUUGUUCCACCUCGGGGCCAGCAAGAAGAACCUAUCCCGUCUGGUCAUCCAGGCGAUCUGCCUCCUCGAGUGCGCGUACCCAUUUGCAAAAUACUUCCCGACCUACGAAUACGUCAACCUCGCGGGCAACGCGCCAGUCAACUUAGAAAAAAACAUGGACCUGGUGUUGUGGCUUCGCCAGAAUCUGAAAGAAGGUGAACCCAUUAUCACGGACAUACCUACAUCUAGCUUCCUCAGAUCGACAACCAAUUUUAAAAUGGUUCUGAACCCACAAUAUGAACAUGUAGAUAUGCGAAGGAGAGUACAGGAUUACUACAUGUUCUCUUCAUGUCUUCCUUUCAGUGAUGCGAAAAGGUAUUACUACGACAAAUACAAGGUCCGUUAUUUCGUGUCAAAUAUAUACAGAUGUGCUUCUACAUCUAACCAAAAGCUGAAUGCCUUUAGCAUUGCUGAAUUCGUGGGUUCAGACUAUGCAAGAUGUACAAACAAAAAAAGUAUGAAAUUCUGCCAACGCGUAUUGUACGAUGAUAGAAUCUAUAAGACUCUUUUUCGAAACGGAAAAUUCAGUGUCAUUUAUUUUGAACCCAUAGAUGUAAUGGAUGAUGAUUCUCCUUAUGAGCAGUUCGAUGAGGGCAAGUACGCUGAUAUUAAAUUCUACACUCCAUGGAUCUCCAGAUGCAUCAAAACGGAUUCUAAAUGCCAAAAGCACAUUGUGGACGUGGCUAGAUCCUACCUCGAUAUUAUGAGAUGCAGCAAAAUUGGGUUCACACUUUAUAAGUUCGUGGAGCGGACCUUCCUUGAGGGGAGGGAAAAUGCCGUUUCAUUCAAGCAGGGUGAUCUUCUCUCCGUGGGUACCCACCCCUCUGAUGAACCACCACUACUACACCCCCCCUCCCAGGGGCACAGCCUAGACAUGCUUUUUCACCUGGCCGAGUUUUACGACUAUGAUGUGCGCGAUGUGAAGAAGGCGGGCGAGCUGUACAGGAGAGCCAUUCAGCUGAUCACGUUUCAGAAUGGGCUCGACGGAGCCUACUACCCCCACGCGGUCGUCCCCAGCUUGGUCCCCUUUGUACCUAUCGCGAAACGCAUUCAGAUGAUCACAUCAUACAUUUAUUUCCUCCUAGACAAGGAUUCUUCUUCCUCUUCUGGGCGGGCCGACAUUCUGCAUCUAUACCAGAACAUGGACCUCCUUGUGGUUGUGGCGGGUUCUGCGCUGGACAACGGGUUCUACUACGAAGGGGGUGCGACUCGAAUGAAGGAGUCGCCCAGCAGGGGGGAAUCACCCAACGCAACCAACGCACUGAACCGUAGCGCUGCCCCCCAAAUGAAUCACCCACAAGACGGACAAACGAUAAGAAGAACAUUCAACGAAGGGGAUCUGGACUCAGCCGUAACUGUGCUCUGCGAAAAUGCAACCUACCUCUACAAAAUUAGAAGACAAAACCCAAAGUACAAUCCUAUUUAUAAAAAAAUGUGGAGCUUGGCUAAGCGCGUCUCCCACAUGAAUGAGUGUGUUUUGAGGAAUUAUUAUUUUUUUGAGGGCAGGCAGAUUGGGGUCCUCGAUUACCUGGCCUUCUUCUACCUCUACCGCUGA